AAAGAGAGCGUCAUUACAAAUCUGAUGCGCGCCGUGGAGCCGCAAAUUUGUUUUUUAAAUACGUCAGUAUCCCAUACGAAAAAACAGGGUCUUGGCAUGUUUAAUCAGUAUCAUUUUUCAACGACACGAUGAAUGAGAAAGAGGUUCCUCAUGAUGGGAAUCUGUCCCAGGAUCAACAACGAGCUUCUCUGGACAGGGAGUCUUUAACUGAUCUUGAAAAGAAUGCGCCUGCAGAUGGUGCCCCUGAUGAUCAGAAUGCGAAUCUUAGUGAUCAAACUACUGAAGCUGGUAACUUGACCACCGACUGCGAAUCCUUCGAAGUUUCGUGGGACGGCGACAAAGAUCCUUUAUGUCCACGAAGUAUGUCGACGUUGCGAAAAUGGAUGAUUGUUUCAAUCGCCUGCAUGGGAAGUCUCUGCGUGACAUGCGCAAGUUCAAUCUACACAGCUACCUACACCCAAAUGAACGCCGAAUUCCACUGCUCCCAAAUCGUCGCCACCCUCGGCCUCUCAACCUUCGUCCUAGGAAUCGCACUCGGCCCAGUCUUAACCAGCCCGUUGAGCGAGUACUACGGCCGACGACCAAUCUACCUCGUCUCAUGGGCCAUGUUCAUAAUCUGGACUAUUCCCUCCGCCGUAGCGCAAAACAUCGAGACCAUGAUCAUCGCGCGUUUCUUCACAGGCUUUGCUGGGAGUUCGUUCCUCAGCGUUGCAGGCGGAACGGCAGGUGAUGUUUUCGAACGGCAUGAGAUUCAGAAGCCUAUGAGUUUGGUAUCAUUGGCGCCGUUUAUCGGACCGGCUAUUGGGCCGUUGAUUGGAGGGUUUAUUAAUUAUAAUACGCAUUGGAGGUGGACGUAUUAUGUUAUGUUGAUUUGGGCUGCGUUCGUCAUGGUGGCUAUUGUGGUCUUUGCGCCUGAGACGUUUCAUCCGAUUUUGUUGAGGGAGAAGGCGAGAAUGUUGAGAAAAGAGACUGGGAAUGAGGCGUAUAGAGCGCCGAUGGAGCUUACAAAGAAGCCAAUCCUCGAAACGCUCAAGCUGUCAGUCCUUCGACCAUUUCAGCUGCUCUUCUUGGAGCCCAUGUGCCUCUGCUUGGAUCUCUACUCUGCUAUCCUUCUCGGUAUUCUGUAUCUAUUCUUCGGCGCAUUUCCUCUCAUCUUCCGAACGAACCACGGUAUGAGUCUUUGGCAAACUGGCAUGACGUUCUUGGGAAUUCUGGUCGGAUUUGUUAUUGCAACGGCUACGACUCCUUUCUGGGCCAGACUCCGACUUCGAUGGUUGGCGGAGCAGGAGAAGGAGACUGGUAAGGCUAUCAGUGAGCCCGAGUACAGAUUACCUCCUUGUAUUCUUGGAGCUAUUCUUAUUCCUAUUGGGUUGUUUUGGUUUGCUUGGACGACGUACUCUAGCAUUCAUUGGAUUGUGCCUAUCAUUGGAUCCGGAGUUUUUGGAUGCGGCAUGAUGCUCGUCUUCACUGGUAUCUUCACUUUCUUGGUCGACGCUUAUCCUCAGUACGCCGCUUCUGCCAUGGCAGCCAACAGCUUUGCCCGAUGCUCUUUCGCAGCGGCAUUCCCACUAUUUGGCAUCCAGAUGUACGAGACGCUUGGUUAUCAGUGGGCUUCUAGUCUUCUUGCUUUCUUGACGGUCGCCAUGGCGCCGUUCCCUUAUCUGUUCUUCAGAUAUGGCAAGAAGCUGCGAGCCAAGAGCAAAUUUGCUUCAAAGAUCUAAAAGUACGACAGAAAAAUAUUUGGUGAUGAGAUACAUAAUUGGGCCAGCCGAAAGUUGGCUGCAUCACUUGAGUUGGGGGUGCGUUAGAUGACGUUCAAGAGAAAAGCAUUAUAGAGAAGCGACACAUAGAAUAGAUAGACUUCAUAACCUAUUAGAAGGAUUGUACUUUGCCAUUGUGGCUGGAAUUCCGUCUGUCUAAAAGCCUUGAGGAUCCGACAUUGGUGGAAAAGUUCCAAAGUUGCCUGGCAGCAAUGGACAUAAACCAUGCUGAAGCAGUAGAUCAACAUCAAUGGUAUCCUCAGCCCAAAAGUUGUCAAAACCGAACUGAUCUGGCGGCUGUUGGAACAGAUCAUUUGUUUCCAUCACAGCGCCAGCGACUUGAGCGUUCGUCGCGUCAGUGAAUGGACCACCGUUUUCUGCUAAGGUCUGAGAAGUUGCCCUGCUGACUUCCGUCAGAGUCGAGUCUUCGUUACGAUUACAGUUUGCGAUUCUCGACGUCACGUCAACUAUUGAGCCUGCUGAAACAGCAGAACCUUGGCCUGUGAGUCUUCGCAUGAGGUUGCCGAAGAAUCUCAUGAUCCAUAGUCCUACGGGCCAAUGCUUUGCGAGUUCGCUUAGGGCGAGGAUGCAUUGCCGUGAUUUGUUGCCGGCGAGUUGGCGUCGGAUGGGGUCCUUGCGGCAGAUGACGAGGGUGUGGAUGGAGAGGGCCCCGAAGACGGCGGGGAC